CUGGAACGGGUUUCUCGUGCAAGGCGCAUGAAAUAGAAAACCCGGAGUGGACUCCAAGCCCAGUGAUUACAGAACGCUUUGGGCGUGGGAGGGGUCGCUCAUAUGGGUUGCUCCAGUCCGGCUUUUAGCAUGUUCGUUGCUUGGUGAGACUCGAAGCUUGACGCUUCGGCUUGUUUCGGAACUAAUUUCUUAGGCUGAGAAGAAAUGUACGAAAUAACUCGCCAAACUUUGCGUGAAACACGUCGGAUGACAUCCCUCUUGUUAAAGCAUUGUAUGGUGAUAACUGGAAAGGAAGUCCAUUCACUCAUUUACGAGACAGAACCAGCGUGGGACUAACGGUAGGCUGAAGCUUCGGGAUUCACGCGGAGAGGGAAACAAGAACUGCUCUAGAUAUACAAGACCUGCUCGAGACAAGAGGAGGGCACAGACAGGAGGAAGGGUGGAAUAAAACGAAAGAGGCAAAAAUGACUUGGAACUGUGUGGGAAGACAUGGGAGGAGCUUGCAAAGUACUUAGAUGUGUCCUAGCAGUGCCUCAGCACGAUGCUAAAAGUAAAAGAAGAGGACGAAUGCACCGUCGCAUUAACAGAGCAUUUGGCGGAUAUUCUUUAAAGUUCUGUCUUGUGGAACAUCCGCGUGACCGACGCGAGCAGCGCCGCGCCUGACGCUGGAUCAUCGGCUGCACUGGAGCUGGAGUCGCGGUGGCAUGCGUGGAUCAAAUAUUCCCGCACACACCAAUAACACUCUCGUGUCCUGAAAGAAAGAAAGCGAACAUUUCUCGUAAGAUGAUCUGGUUGUUGUUUUUGCUCCUCUGUGCUGCCGGCGUGUUGUCGUCUUCCACCCAGGUGGCCACCAUCUUCCCUCAAGACCCCGCUCUUCCCAUCGGCUCCAGCCUGACAGCCACAUGCUCCGUCAACCCAGACCACGGCGUUCACGCGGGCUCGCUCUAUUGGACGCUAAACGGGAAGCGUCUUCCCAGCAGCACCUACAGCGUCUUGAGCCCCAGCGUUCUGAGCGUCACCCUCCCGCGGCUCUCCGGCUCCCGCCAGCGCUCCGGAGACAACCUCGUGUGCCAUAACAGCGGGGGUCAUGUGCUGGCCGGCUCCUGCAUCUAUGUUGGCAUGCCUCCUGAGAAGCCCGUGAAUCUCACCUGCUGGUCCAGGAACACUAAAGACCUCACCUGUCGAUGGGCCCCUGGGGGCCAGGGAGAGACCUUCAUCAAGACCAAAUACACACUCAAAUAUAAGCUCAGGUGGUACGGACGAGAAAAGGAGUGUGAGGACUACAACGCGGGAGAGCCAUACACAUGCUACAUCCCCCGCGACCUCGCCCUCUUCACGCCCUACGAGAUAUGGGUGGAGGCCUCUAACCAACUCGGAACCGCAACAUCUGACGUCAUCUACUUGGAUAUCUUAGACGUGGUGACGACAGAUCCACCGACGGACGUGACAGUGAGUCGAGUGGGUGACCUGGAGGACCAGCUGACCGUGCGCUGGGGGACGCCGCCUGCACUGAAAGACUUUCUCUUUCAGGCCAAAUAUCAGAUCAGAUACAGACUGGAGGAGAGCAGCGACUGGAAGGUGGUGGAUGAUGUUGGGAACCAGACUUCCUGCAGGCUGGCGGGGUUGCGGCCGGGCACAGUGUAUUUUGUGCAGGUGCGCUGUAAUCCGGUAGGGAUUCUGGGAUCUAGGAAAGCAGGGAUUUGGAGUGGCUGGAGUCACCCUACUGCAGCCUCAACACCACACAGUGAGCGACUGCUGACGGGGUCAUGUGACUCGAAGGCAGGGCAGCAAAACUCCACGCUGCGGCGGGACUUGAAGCAGUUCUUCGGCUGGGUGCGCAAACACGCCUACGGCUGCAGCGGUAUGAGCAUCAAACUUUAUGAUCAGUGGCGGGUCUGGCUACAGAAAUCCCACAAAACACGCAACCAGGUUCUUCAAGGAGAUAAAUCAUAGCACGUCGCUCCUGGCAGGCAGAACAUUUAACAACAA